CCCUCCAGCAUCCACACAGCUGGAAUACACGCCUGCGUAAAUAUCCUCAUUUACAAGCUUCAGACAAUUAACCCCAUAUCGAUUAGUGUACCUCAUGAAACAGAAUCAAACAGACCGUCUAAUUUGACCGAUGCAUCUCAUUACAGACAGGCUGAUCCGGUCGUCGCUGAAUUAUUUAGGACAGAACGAUACAGAUGCACCAAGGAUUAAAGGGAGCAGUGCGAGAAACAGUCGAUUGAUCGUGGGAGUAAACCUGACAUGAACAAGAAAAAAUGGGUAUGCCUUCAAAUCAAAAGACUCAGUGGAGGCAAUACGAGAGAAUCCAUCCAUUCUAGGACAUCUAGGCUCCUUUGAGAAAUGCCAGUGAUGGGAACGGUCUUACAGGAGAGCACUGUGCAUAAUAGUCAGAAUAAGCUGCGUUCGUUUGAUAGAACAAAAACUAAAGCUUUGGGACAUGCACCAAGCAAGAAAACCACAAAGGCACCUUUGCAUCCACCAGUGAAUAAUGGCAUCAGCCUAUCGUCUGAACCUAACUCUCAGCAGAGGUUAAGAAGGACAAGACCUGACAAAAUGUUGAUCAUGGCAAACCCCACAGACAGGCAACACAACACCAAGAUCAAAUCUCAUGCAAUAUCCAAAAAUGGACAGAAGGAGAAACGACAAAGACAAAAUAGCCAAGGUGCAAAAGAAAGUAGUGGCAGGGGUAAAAAUUCAAGUGUAAGGCCUGUAUACCCUCAUUCUCAUCCUCAAGUUCAGAGAGAAGACUUGUCAGAGUGCAGAACUGAAGAUGAGGACUGUACACUACAAAGUAAAGAUGGAGAAGAGGACAGUGCCAGUGACCUCUCGGACUCUGAAAGAUAUUCUGCGCUUCCCACUCAAAUCACUCCUCCUGACCUCAACCUUCGUGCAGAAAUCAUAGAUCCGUCUGACUUUCAUUCCUUGAGAUCAUCUUGUCGAGGGCACAACAAGUUCAAAGGCAGCUAUCCAGAUUUCUUACCACCUCCUUUCAAUUCUUGGAGUCUACAGCAGUUAGCAGUGUACUUGAACACAGAAGGCAAGGGCAUUCCUCGUCCCAAUCCUGUUGGGCAGCUUGAGAGAUACUUGGACCGGCUAUUGCAAUUGGAAUGGCAUCAGAUCCAAACCAUCCAAGAAGACAGCAGCAAAUCCAACGCUCCACUACCCAAAGGUCGCCAUGUGCCUCAUUCGUCUUCACAUCUCAGUCUUAGCUCUCCUAAAUGUAUCCUCCAGUGCCAGCGUGCAUUCCCUUUGGCAUUACUGUCCUCUUUGGCCAGUGCUCCCACCCUUCAGCUUUCAAGCUGUACCUGUCCACACUGCCAGAAUCUAUAUCCAAUCUUGAAUGGCACAUGUCGCUCUUAUGCCUACCAUCACCACACAAGGCUGAGUCCACUUCUGGAGAAGAAAGGCCAGGCCUCAGCUUUGCCUAAAAGGAGCAGCAGUGAGAGUAGGGCUCAUCAGCUAGAGCCCAGACACCGAUCUCGUGAGCACAGACUCAGCGACCCUUUGAGCGAGAGUAGCCACCUGAGGCGCAUGCAGGCCGUCGGUAAUAUUCGCAAUCCUGUUGGUUCCACAUACAGUGUUGACCAAGUUUCUUCUACAGCUACAACAGCCAGCAAUGCCAGUAUUGGUGGUGUAAAAAAGAGAAGGUCUGGGCAAAGGAGUCAUUCCUGUGUGGGUACAAGGGAGGUUGGCUAUAGGGCACGAGGACGCAGUGAACAAAGAAAGACCUUUGAUAAAACACAACAGGACUCAAAAUUAUCUUGUGCUGUAAGUUCAGAUGGUUUACAUAGCUUAAAAGACUCAUCGACUAGUCGAGUCAACAAGAGGCAAAAGCAUGUUGAAUUUGUCACAAAGUAACUUUACUACACACACUGCUGAUUUGUACGUAUUUUUACGAGGUGGAUUAUUUUCACGAAUUCUUAUAACCUCAUUCCUACGAUUUUGUACGACUUGUCUAGACCCCAGUGACAGGUACGUUUAGGGGCGGAGUUAGGGGUAUAUCAUUU